UGUACUAAUUAAUUUUCAUGUACACAUCUGUACAAGCCUUGUUGGGCAUGGUUAGUGCCACGUUAUCAAAUGAACUUGAAAACAUCUGCAGGAGGAGGACUGUUGGAUUGUCAUCAAGGAAGAUUGAAUUGAGUUUUGUUGUUGUGAUAAAAUUGUUGGCAGUGUAUAAAAAUGAGAGGAAUUUCACGAUUGACAUGCAGGUUCUUUGGCAGCCAGAUGUCCAGCAUCCAAUCAAUAGGGCUUGGCUGCCUCCAGGCCUCCACCAGGGAACAGCUGCUCCAUCAAUGCCAGGAAACGCCCGCCAGGAAGGUCCCUCUACUCCGCAGGCAGUUCAAGCCGUUGCCCGUGGCGCCGCAUCUAGGGAACGAUGCGCCGGAUAGCGGCAAUUGUCAGAGCAACAGGCGUGCAGCUGAAACGGUGCCUGAUGUAUUGCCGCCCGGAGACGGUAGAGUGCGAGUGAUGGUGUGGAACGUAUUGGCUGAUGCUCUGAGUACGGGAGCGGAUAACUUCAUAAAGUGCCCCAUGGAAGCUUUGUUAUGGGAAAACAGGAAGUAUGCCAUCAUAGAGGAGAUUCUGACCUAUGACCCGGACGUGGUUUGCCUACAGGAAGUUGAUCACUAUGAGGACUUCUUUCAACCCGUCCUUCAGCAAAUAGGGUACUCUGGUUCCUUCAACCCAAAACCAGACUCACCAUGCUUAGACUGUGUGAUUAACAAUGGUCCAGAUGGAUGUGCCGUCUUCUUCAAAACGGGCCGUUUCAAGCUUGUGAAAAGCGAGCUUCCGAACCUGGAAGUGGACUACAAUGGGAAGAAGUUUGUGUCCAAUCAGGUAGCAGUGAUGCAUCAUCUGAAGUGCAUCUCGGAUGAGCUACCCGCCAAAGAAUUCUGCAUUGCGACCACCCAUCUGAAGGCGAAGCGCGGUUACGAGACGAUGCGAGCCAAGCAGGGUCAGCAUCUGAUUGAGGUCCUUAAGAACUGCUCCAGGAACCUACCUCUGAUCGUCGGCGGUGACUUCAACGCCGAACCCACCGAAGACGUUUACAACUUGUACAAGACCAGCGACCUCAACCUGGCCAGUGCCUACCAGAAAUUGAGCGAGGACGGACUGCAGGAACCGCCCUACACCACGUGGAAGAUCCGUCCAAGGAGAGAGGAGUGCCACACCAUAGACUACAUGUGGUACUCGCAGAAGCACCUUGAACCUGUAGCACUCCUGCAGUUUCCUGGAGAGGAAGACAUAGGUUCUGGGAGAUUACCGUCCUGGAGCUACCCGUCCGAUCAUCUGUCCUUGGUGUGUGACUUUGUUUUCAAGAGGACAUGAGUCUGUGUCCAUGUGCAAUGUUCUACAUUAAACAAAACCAACCCUGCCAUCCAGGUUACCAAAGUUUGAAAUUACAUGUGCUUUGUCUUUGUUGUUGCUCAGUCAUGACAUGUUUUUGCUUUAGGAAAGCACCUAAUAUCAUUCCUCACCAUUGUGCCAAUAACAGAUGUUCAUUGUUCAUAUAUUUUCAUGAGAAAGAUAUUUAUUCAAAUAGAUAUAUGAAAGAUUUCCAACCUAAUGCAUGUUGAUUACUGUAAAUGUCUUGCAAUGUACAUCACCAUACAAAUGCCUUCUGCGAGGUAUUAGUUUUACAAUUUUUAUGAAAAUGGGAAUAGAAACAUGGAGGAUCGAAUACAUGUACAUAUCCUUGUCCCGGGUUUCAUGUCAUAAAGAUUUGUUAUAAUAACAAAUGCAAAAUUUCUAUAACAUCUUUACUAUCAUUCUUUUGUAGCUUAAAACCGAUUUUACAAAUAUGUUUUCAAGUUUGUAGCAGGCCCCUGAUUGAUAAUUGCGAUUGUUGUUGAAUGGUAUUUGUAUAACUUAAAUAGUUGUUGAAUGGUAUUAGUAAUAAUUUUAUAUGUAAUGUGUUGCAGUAUAUUGUAGAGUGUAUGCCACAUGAAGGUGCAAGUGAUAUUUGGAGUUUAUUAAUAAAAGGGGACAAACAAGUUCUUAUAAACUUACAAGGGGCGACUGAAAUUUUUUAUAUGAAGACCAAAUUUGGUCCAUAAAAUCUUUCACAUUUCUUAAUCCUACAUGUACCUACCAAAUUUCUUGGUCUUAGCUGAAUUGAGUUUUAUUUUACAGGUUCCUAAAUUUCUGUAUCAGGUGUCUCGUGAAAAAUGGACAAAUCUAAGUAUCGAACUGUCAUCAAGUUCCUGUACCUGAAUGGCAUGACCCCUGCUGAGGUUUGGUACUCUUUGAGGGUAACCCAUCCAAUUUCUUGGAAUGAGCUGUGAGGAAGUAAUUCCUCAAAAAGCUGUGUGCACCUGAAUAGGUAGCCUAGCUUAGCCGGGGUAAUAAUAAUAGCAGGGCCCGUUGGAAGAACAGUUUUCAGAACUGAAGAGGCUACACUGGGUAAAUAUUCCGUUAUUAUUAUUAUUAUGAUUAUUAUUAUGACUGUGGAUGAGGCUUGGGUUCAUCAUUUUCACCCUGAGACCAAGGAGCAGUCAAAACAAUGGAAACAUCCAAUUGCGCCAACCCCAAAGAAGGCCAACUGAAGUUUGUCCAUUAUUCAUGAAACAUUUUGAUACAUGAACCUGUAAAAUAAUAUUAAAAUUGUACAUUUAUAUUGCGCAAUUUCUAUGUGUAUAUAUUCAACUGCGCAAUACAAUAAUGUUAUCAUUAUUACCCCGGCUAUAGCCGUGCUGCCUACAGGCGCUCUGGCAUUCGAGGAAUUUCUUCCUGCCGGGUACCCAUUUACCUCACCUGGGUUGAGUGCAGCACAAUGUGGGUGAAUUUCUUGCUGAAGGAAAACACGCCAUGGCUGGGAAUCGAACCCACGUCCCUCGAAUAAAACGGCGAGAGUCAUAACCACUAGACCACGACGCCCCCAGACUUGAUGUAGCUAUGACCAAGAAGUUUGGUGGGCUGCAUGUAGACCAAGCGAAUUAAACCUCUGCAACCAUGAAUUAGAUUCUUCAAAAAAAUUAUGUUUGAAAAUUCCUUUUGAAACUGUUACGGGCUAUAUGAAGUAAUAAGAUUAUAAAUUCACCUCCGGAUUCAAAUACAUGAAUUGCCGCCAUUGAGUAUGUACUGUAUUUUAUUUAAUAUUGUGUAGGUGGUGCUCGUGUGUUUUGUGUAUAAAAAGGCCGUAUUGUUGAAUAAUUUUCAAUUAUUUUAAAGAAAUAUCUGUUAAAUGUUUCAAACUCCAUAUCGUUUCUACAUCAUACAUGUACAUGCAGCAGUUACCAGUUUUGUCAUCUUUUGUGCAGAAACAAAACAUGCAGUACUUCAACAGUCACUUAUAUAUAGUGUACUGUGAGUGCUGGUCAGUGUAAAUUAUGGUUGAGCUGAGAUUUGAAUUUAUAUUGAAAGUCAUUGUUUUCUUUGAGAGUAGAUCAGUUUAAGGAGAUAUUUAUUUUACCUCUUCUCUUUUACAUGUAUUUUCAUUAAUAAUGGUCUUUCUUGAUUGAUUUAUUUAAAAACAAACUAUUUGAUUUUUUAAUGGUAUAUUAAUACCAAUAUGAUUUUUUUUAUAUUUGGGAUAUAUACAUACAGUUUGUACAUAUGCAAGUAUGUACUUGUGUUGUUGUGAAAGAUGGCAAUUUAAUGUUUUGGGGAAUUGUUCAUCUAGCAUAUUAAUGUACAUGUAUAAGACGGAAAUUUUCUGUUUGUGUUCCGUUCGUUUCAAUCUUGAUGUCUCUCAUAUACGACAGAAGCCAGCAUGUGCCACUACUACAUAAGCCGUACACAUUAAAGGAAACAAAAACCCGAGAAGAGAAGCAAUCUUAUUGGAAAGAGUGAAAUGCGAGGAGCAAUCUAAAACUUUGUUUUAUCAAAAUCGGUUAUAGAAUAAGCGAGUUAUAGAAGUUUGAAAACUCUUGUUGAACUUUCUAUGGGGAUCCUCAAAUUGGCAUAUGUGCUUCAAAAUGGCUGAUUUUGUGGGCAACUCUCCAUUUGUGUUGUACACAAAUUUUCAGAUUUUCCUCAUCUUUCAAAUUGCAUCUUGCCUCCUUCUGAGCACAACAUAUGUCAUGGGAAAAUAUAAUUCACACCACAUACAUGUAUGUCAAGGUCAGAAGGAGAUACAUGUAAUGUUAAUUAUGUAAAAUAAAGGGGAAAAUCUGAAGUGCACGCCGCCAUGUUGUCGGCGGAACUACUGGCUUAAUACCCAUUAUAACUAUGAUUUUAAAUGAAGGGAGAAGCUCAAAAUUAUGUAUUUAUAAUUUAAGCCUCUGAUUGGCUCUUGAUACCUUUGUUAUCUUGUACAUUUUUUGUGCAUUUUUGUCACGAUAAGAACUACUUUGCUUCAGCCAUAGAGAUAAUACAUUUUUGUUGUUUAGGAGUCAGAUCGAAGUUAAAAUGAACAGAGCAAAGACAGAAAAUUUGGUCUAGCAUAUCGUGCACUAGUGACUAUCAUGCACUAGUAACUAUCAUGUACUAGUGACUAUCAUGCACUAGUAACUAUCAUAUACUAGUGUCUUCAUGCACUAGAUACUAUCAUGCACUAGUGACUAUCAUGCACUAUUAACUAUCAUAUACUAGUGACUCAUGCAUUAGUGACUAUCAUGCACUCAUGACUGUCAUGUACUAGUGACUAUCAUGCACUAGUAACUGCCAUGUACUAGUGACUAUCAUGCACUAGUGAUUAUUAUGCACUAGUAACUGUCAUGUACUAGUGACUAUCAUGCACUAGUAACUGAGUGUCAUGUACUAGUGACUAUCAUGUACUAGUGACUAUCAUGCUCUAGUAACUGUCAUGUACUAGUGACUAUCAUGCACUAGUGACUAUCAUGCACUAGCGACUAUCAUGCACUAGUGACUGUAAUGCACUAGUGACUAUCAUACACUAGUGACUAUCAUGUACUAGUGACUAUCCUGUAUUAUACAACACAUAGAUAGAUCCUUGGCAUGAAUACUCAUCACAUGACAUUCAGUGUAAUGAGCUAUAGCACGCCAAAACAUGACAUCCGUGCAAUAGUCGACAAUUGCACGCUCCCGCAAGAGAGCCAGCCCGGCAAUAGUCGAUAAUUGCACGCUCCAUUAAGAGAGCCGGCUGUGCAAUAGUCGACUAUUGCACACUCCAGCAAGAGAGCCAGCCAUGCAAUAGUUGACUAUUGCACGCUCAAGCAAGAGAGCAGGCACUUCAAACUCAAUAAAUGUGCGUCCCAUGGCCUGCGCCUCCACAAUAAGUGCAUCCGCAUAGGCCAACCUGAAUCACUGCGCUUCAUACACCACGCGCAGAUAAAAUAAUAUUUAGCAAAAUAAAAGGCUAAAAAGUUGGACCCGAGAAGAUCUAUACUCCUAGCCCUAUCCCUUCAUAGGCCAAAUACUUUCUAUAAUUUGAUCAUCUACUUUGGUUAAUAUUGAUCUAGACGAUGUCUUCAAAUCAUGUGUUGUAUAAAACAAAUAUUCAAUGUUUUGUUAUUCCUGCGACUGUUCGAAUAUUACAUUCGGCACAAGUUGAAGCAAUCUAUUCAACUCCGCUUCGCGUCAUUGAAUAGAUUCUUUCACUUUGCACCCUCAUGUAAUAUUCGGAACAAUCGCACUCAUAAACAUUGAACAUUUGUUUACUAGAGACUAUCAUCUAAAGGUAUAUAUGGUACAGUUUCGGAAUGUUUGACCAAGAGGUUUAUGACUGUCAUUCAGAUGAGGAUGAGAAUUUGUAUUGUAAUCUUGACAUUUGUUAGUUUCAGUACUUUCAUACCUUGAAUGGGUCUCAUUGGAGUAUUGUUUAAAGCAGGGUAGGUAAUGGGUAAAAUGAUUUAAUAUUCUGACAAACAGGAAUGUUGUGCAUUUAUUAUAGGAAUGUUGAAAGGGAGGGAUGAGUUAUUUUUUAAUGAAAUAGAUGAAAUUACUUCCGAUAGAGUGAGGGGUACUAUACUUAUUGUCCACAAUAUCUGAACUUUCUGGACAAAAUGGCCAUCAUUUACCUAAGAGGCCGUUCUCAUUACGCUUUCUAAAACUAGUUUGUACAAGAAACCGAUUCAGGAAACCAGUUUGGAAGAUUGCUUUGCUAGCGUUCCCACUUGAUCACACGAAAGUGGUUUUCAAAAUCACUUCACGUAAAGUGAUCUUGUUGCUAUGGAAACGCUUUCAUUGGGGUGACAUGUUUCGCUCGAAAUUCAAAACCACAGCGUAGGCAUUCUACACCUGUCGUGCAGGGAGUAGCGCGCUCAAAAUGUGCGAAGAUCGCUUCCCGAAGAACGGUUUUGUCCUCUAAAACCAGUUUAAUGAGGCAAAGCGAUCUUGAAAACUACAUCGCGAGGUGGUCUUCUGAACCGGUUUUGAAGGUCGCUUCCAAGAGGCUGUUCACACCGCAAGGGGGGACCGUGGGCGGACCGCAGUGAGAUAGCGCAGUCUAUCGUAGCACCCCCUUUUUUGAGAGGUCCUGUUGCCAUAACGCGUGAUGUCAUGAGGUCAGAGCGGUCAAAGAUUUUGCGCGCUAUUACGAACCCGUACUAGUUAGUUGAGAGCUCGAUAUCGCUGUGCCUAUUAUGCUAGCCGGCCUACGUUUAUUUCAUGGCGUUGUAUACAUUGUGCAUGUAUUUCUAAUUUGAUUAAUCUAGAUUCUAGACUCUUGUAUUUUAACUGUGUUUGUGGACGUGAUCACAGCAGGAUCGCAGCAGGAUUAUGGAAGUACCUGUAACUUUAGAUAUACAACAACUUCCGGCGUGCUAUCGUAGCUCGGGUUCACACCGGCAGAGAUAGCGCGAUCUAGCGCGCGCUAGACCGCGCUAUCUCUCGUGGACCACCCCCAAGAGGUGCUCCAGUGGCACGCCGUUUUGGCUCGCCGUGGCUCGCUGUUGGGCGGACCGAAACGACGUUGUACCUUCCACACCGCAGAGAUAGCGCGCGCUUAGAUCGCGCUAUCUCUGCCGGUCUGAACAGGCUCCAAGAUUGCUUCGACCGUUCUCACUACACGUCAAACUAGUUUCCACUAAACUAGUUUUAGGAAGGUAGUGAGAACGGUGUCCAAGUUUACCUGAAAAAAGGUAACAAAUAAUUGUAGACCACUUACGUAGCUAAGUGCUAGUCUGCAAGCACAGACUCAACUUUUGACACUUUAACCAAUUAUACCAUGUCUGGAGUGAAGACUAGACUCCACACUCUGUCUGUGUAGAGGCAGCCACAGUACAUAGUGAAUCUAGUCUUACAACUACAGACUGAAAUUCACUAUGCAAAUUGCAAAAACCAAAGGUCUGUGCCUGCAGACUAGACCAAGGUGACUAUGGGUUGUGAAGAAUUUGACGGUAUAUGUAUCCUCAUUGCAGAAUCUAUGUCGAUGAAUAGCUAACCAAUCGGCUUACAAAGCUGUGACCAUUUAUGUACAUGAUCUUUAUAGAAGGGUUGCUAUUAUGACAAAAUACUUUUGCAUCUUUUUUACUUUCUAAAUGAUUUUGAUUCUAGUUAUACAACAUCACGGCAAAAUGAUGUAUUCUAUUUGUAAUGAUUUACAUUCUGUCAUAAUAUAGAGUAUUUUUUUAUGAAAGUUUUUUUAUCCACAAUUUCUGGGGGAGAUAUCCCACUCCAGCACUUGUGUCCUUAACAAGGCAUUUAUUUACAUUUGCCACACUCCACCCAGGUGUAGUAAUCUGGUAUCCAGUUGGAAGAAUUUUUUUGAAUGCUGGAGGCAAGAUCAGGGUAGCCAGGAUACAGUCAGGGUAACAAUAUGCAACGCUUAAAAUGAUUCGUAUCAAGGGCUGUAUAAAUGCUGCAUAUUGUUAUUAUUAUUAUUAUUAUUGUUAUUAAGGUGUUUCUUGAUUUAGAAUGCCACAUUCUGUUGUCAGACAAAUUUCCUUUUUUUAAUACCUGAUGCAAGUUUCAUGGAAAAACAUGUUCCUCCCAUGUCUACAUUAUGAGGGCCAAACUCAUUUGAAAUACUGCGAUGAUUUGACUCCCGAGCUUAUCGCAAUAUUUCCUCCUCUUGAUCCAGACUGGAGCGAAGCAUCGCGAUAAGAAGUGAUCUGCAAACACUCUGCGGUCUUUUGAACAGCAUGCUUUGCGAAUUGGCAACGCGCGAAAUUUAAACAUUUUUCGGAUCAUUGGAUUCACAUUUGAAAACUCGCGAGUAAUUGACUCACGAUGAUAGACAAAUGGCAAGAUUACUCGCGAUGUUUCGUGCAGUCUGUAUCGCGGAGGUUUGUGUGUUUUUCUGUUCUUAUUCAGAAACACUUCAUGAAACAACGCGAUGUUUGAUUUAUCGCGAUAAAUUACUGCCAGUGUGAACGGCCAUAUAAUCAUGGAAAUUGCAAUAUACAGGAGAGAUUUCAAUCGUGAAACAAUGCAAAUAGUGUUACUUUCCAAUUCCAUGAUAUCUAUAUGAUUUUUUUUAUCAUGAAUGAGAUAAUAAAUUGUACGUUUAAUUGAUUUUUUAAUUCAUUACCUUUGUCAGUACCUUGGCAGUAAUACCUAAGUCACAUUUGCUCUACGGCGGCCGUACGGCGAGUAAAAAACGGCCGUUUUAACAUUUUUUGUACCAGCUAAGUAUAGGUGGUUUGAUUAAAAAUGAAUAAAACAGCUGAUUUCGACUCGCCGCCAGGCCCCCAGCCGUAGAGCAAAUGUGACUUUGGCAUAAUUGAUAUAAUAUGUGAUUGAUAAUACAUAACACAAAGCUUCUUAUAUCUACUCAAGGGCCAUUUCAUAAAGGUGUAAUGCACAACUUGACACAACUAUGAUUAACAUUUUUUGUGUACUAAAUUAGGGCCCUGUUGCAUAAAGCGUUGUGAUCAAUCACAACUAACAAAAAAUCUAACACAACUUGAUUUUCAACUAAUGAAAUGCAUCUAUCAUAAUGUUCCCAUCUGCUCUGGUUGGGUUAUAAUAAUUGUGAAACGCUUUGAGCAGUUGUAGAUUGAUAUCACACUAUAUAAAAGCCAAUUAUUAUUAUUAUAUGAGAUCUGGGGGGGGGGGGGUGUUUCACAAAGUUUUAAGUAUGACUAAAAGUCACACUUAAAUUCCCAGUUGCAUGUGGUCCAAGAGAGGUGGUAACAGAGAGAUGGAACAUUUUAUUGUGUGCUACAUAUUAGUAUUCUUCAACUUCAUGGCCCAUAUUCUGAAGUUGGGUUUGAUUUAAACUCUGGUUCAAAGUUUUAAUUUAAUUAUGGAUAGUCAAUUGUGACCCAAAUCUCUAACAGUAGAGGUUCAUAGUAUCAGCUCAGUUGACUCUCAAAUCACUCUUAACUGUCUGGGAAGGAUAAAUAAGAUAAUUGUCUUCACCAAUAAAGAAUUAGAAAGGAGAAUGUGCAGUAAACAUAAUAAACAUACCAUGUGAACAAAUUUUGAUAUGUUUGGCUUCCCAUAAUAUUAGCACAGAGUUUGACCACGGUCUGAGUUGAACCCUAGUUCAGAAUACGGGCCUAUGUGUUUGGUAUGCGUGUGAUUCACAAUCAUUGAAAAAAUGUAAUGAACUUUAGAAUCAUUAUUUCAAUAUUCAGUUCAAUAAUCAACCCUUUUGAAAUGUGUACUGGAUAAUGCGAUCAUUAUUUCAAUUAAUGAAUGUUGUUGGGCUGUAUAAUGACGCACACCUUUUAAAGUAAUGACGAUUAUUUUGAAGUUUUAGAGCAUGAAUGAUUUUGUCAAAGCUCACAAUUCCGGUGAUAUUAGCUCUAACAAAGUCUAAGGGGGUGUUUGAACAAAAAUAUUUGCAAUCAAUUGCAAAUUUCUAUUGCUAAUUUACAAGGGAUAUAAGAAUGGCAAAUUAUCAUUGCUCAUUUGCAAUUCUUAUUGCUAGUUUGCAAUUGAUAUAAGAAUAGCAAAUUUCUAUUGCUAAUUUGCAAAUGAUAUAAAUUCGUCGGCGGUCAUCCGAAUUGUCAUAUCACACUACAAUAGUGCAAACACAUUCAGAGAAAAUAUUUCCACACUUUGUUCCCCAGCCUUACAGCAUUUUCAUUGCGAGAAAAAUACAUGGUUGGAAAGACCAAGACAAUUGCUUGACAUUGGUAUCUUUAUUUUAACACAAAUCCAAGGUUCAGAGAAAAUAUUGCAAGACAGCUACAUAAUAAUAAUAUAUAGCAUUUAUGAGGCGCCGAUUUAUCAAGUUGCCUAUUUAAAGGUGCACUAUAUAUGCACUAUAAACAUGCUUGCAAUUUCAGUCUCAGUGGUUUAGAUUUCCCCUUUACUAAAACGCUAUAGGGGAUACAACAACCCUGGCCACGAUUUCAAUGCGCAUGAUCAGUCAAAACAUAUCGCUUUUUCACGUGCAAAGUCAAUGCAGUGCCGAUACGACGGUUUGACUGACCAUGCAUUUGUAUAUUAAGUGCGCACAGCUAUCGUUUACUUUACUACAGUACAAUUUCCUAUGGGACUUGCACAUUUUAUCAACAAAUUGCAUGGCAUCGUCAUGAAAAUCCCCACAUAUCUCAAAUUAAAAUAAAUUGUUGCCUAGAUAUCUAAGUAUGUAUAGAAUAGACAAUGGAAUAGGACUUUUUACCAAAAUUGACUGAUACAACAGUUCGGAUGAAUGCUGUGGAAUUGUAACUGUAGCUAAAUUUGUUUUGACUUCUUGUUGUAAGAAGCAGACCUGCAUUCAUGUGCAGGUUUGCAAUUAAUUACUAGUUACAAUUAAUUUUUGGGACAUAAAAAGCCUUACAAUUGAUUGCAAUGCCCCCACAGACUUAUGAAAAUUGUGAUAUCCAAUUGUAGAGUGUGGGGUUUUGUUUGUAGUAAGAAAGACAUGGGUCCAGACUUAUAAUAACAAAUGCAAGAUUUCUGUGACAAGUUCACUAUCAGCCAAUCAGAUUGAAGGAUUUCAGUAGCUUAUAACUGUUAUUGUGAAUUUGUUACUAUAAGAAGUUUUAUGAAAUGGGACCCAGAAAUACAUGGAUUUGCAGUUAUGUUUGAACAGGAUGACUCUGUACUCUCAAUUAUGCAAAGUUCACUCUGACAAAGAGUGAAUUAUAAAAAAUAGCAGAAAAAAUGAUUUUUUUGAAAAUUAGUGAAAACUUGAGGAAUAUCCAUGAAACAUUAAAAAAAUUAUUAGAAGUUUCAUUUAUUUUCUAUUUUGUGACAUCAUAUGCGAGCAGCUUUCAUUGUAUUGCGGAUUUUAAAAAAAUAAAUGAAAUGUAAUUUCCCUGGGGUAACUUCCUCAAAAAUUGAAUUUUUUUUUUUUUAAACUUAUUAUUUCACACCCGCUCCUGAAAGAAAAAUAUAUUUGGAGUCAUCAUGAACCAUUAAAAAAUUGAAUUCAUGCAUUUUAUGUUACAUGACAUAAGGGACAACUGCUCGUAUAUGACUUCACAAAUCCAAACUUCAAUUUCUUUCUUAAUCUUUGAUUGAUUUGCCUCAAACCUUCACCGAUAUUUUUUUGUAUUAUUUGUUCUGGUAUUUUUUAUUUUUACAACAAACUUUUUGUCAGGAUGAACUUCCCCUUCAAGGAUGUGGUAGCUAAAUGAAUUUGUUUAAUACAUAUGCAAUUUGGAGAUAACUUAAGAUCAUAAGUACAACCUGGGCCCCGUCUUACAAUUAAAGAGUUACAAUCGAUCCAAUCAAUCGUAACUCUAUGGAAAUCCAUCAGUGACAUAAUUUUUUCUAUAGGAAAUAUGAAAAUGUCCUUAGUUAUCAAAGGAGAACAUACCAAAUUGUCAAGAAAUCAAUGAAUUCGUGGAUAUACAUUCAUAUCUAGAACAAAGUCCGAACAAACAUGCAUUUUAUAAAUGUUGACUUUACUGGCUUUCAAUAGUUGCUAUUAAUCGGAUCAGUCGCAACUCUUUGUAAGAUGCAGCCCUGGGCUCCAUAACAACGGUUUGUGAUGAAUUGCAAAUAUGAAAGAACCGCACUGAUUGGUUCCCGGUCAAUAUUUCAAACAGAGUGUGCAUGCAACGAUGAUCUUGAUUGGUCAUUGAUAAUUAGCGAUUGUGCAAACCUUUGUGUUAAAGAGCCCUUGAUUCCAUAUUUAUUGUAUACUAGUUUAAGCAAUGUGUAUAUAAGAAUGCAUGUACAUAAUAGUUCUGAGAAUCUAAGUCUAUGUUGAUGAUUUUGUGGAAAUAUGUAUUUUAACACUGUAUAAAGAAUAAUUUAUCAAAGAAUGUGUGCACCAAUUAUCACCUCCCCUAUCUUUUUAUAUUGGCAAAUAAUCAGUCCUGACUAACACCCACCAAUUUAAGCACUGACGAUGAACAUCAAUUAUUAUUUUAUAUAUAUAUAUUUGUCAUAAGGUUUUGAUUUGUAAACCUUUCACCAAGUCUGUACAAGCAUGUUAUUAUUCUUUUUUGUAAAUGGCAUUCUAUGGACUCGGGGAAGUUGUCACAUUUUGUGAGUUUCAUAAUAGAUAUGCCACCAGUGUUCAUAAGUACGAGAGGCUCUUUGGUCAACCAUAUUUGAAGAGUGGACUCAUGAAUAAAAACAGUCGACUCAUGAAUAAAAUAGCGUAUCUAACCAUGGUAACAGGCGUCAAUUUGGCGCACUGUGACAAAAGCGUGCAUCAGAAUUGGACAUUUCUUAUACACGCGCCAGAUACACGCUAAAUUAAGCGUUAUUUAUACAGGAAAUCUGCAUAAACCAUGGACUCAACCGUGGGUUUUCAAAACCACCUUUGUGAAUUCGGGCCAUUGAGCUGAAAAAUAAGGAUUUAACAUUAGAAAUAUGAGCGAGAUCCCAGGAAAACUUUACUUUUCAAAUGAGGUUUGUAAUUACUGUGAAAGAAGUUGGAAUAAACCAUGGUUGCAAGCCACGGAUUGAAAACCACCUUUGUGGAUUCAGGCUAUUCGGGUUUUGUAAAGCACCAGGCAUCAAGAUUAAGAGGAAAUCAAGAUUAAGAUUUGAAUGGAAAGAUAAAAAUCAGACUAGCAUACUGCUGAACAUUUCAUCAAAAUCCGAUUUAAAGUAAUAGUUAUGAUAUUUUAAUGUUUUGCUUAAUUUCAUGAAACAGUUACAUGCACAUCAUUGAUGGUAUGCAAAUGAGGGAACUGAAGACGUCACCCAGUCACAGCUUCUUUUGCUUUUUAUCAUAUAAAAUAGAAAUAUUGAUUGUUUUCCUUAUUAUACUGUGAAACAAAGCGAUUUCUUGUUGAAUGUUUGGAUUGAUUUUUCAUAACCUAUUUUGAUUUGAUGAAGAGUCUCUUUCUUUUCAAAUCUGCAAAAUCUUGUAUUCAAACAAUAAAAUAUAUUUGAAAAAAAAAUUUGAAAAACAAAUAUUUGAAAUAUAAAAUGAAAUGUAGUAAGUGAGAGCAUAGCACUGUGCUGUGCAUGGAACUGUUUUGUGAAAAAUAAGCAAAAUUUUAAAGUUGUGAUAACUGACCCAAUUUUGAUAGAAUUUUCACUGUUACCCUUUGUUUUAUUUGUCUCUUUUUAUUCAAAUCAAUUUUUUGUUGGGGUGGGCUUUCUUAGUUCCAAUAUCCAUUUCAUCAUUCAAUGUGUGCUAAUAGUACUUGGUUAACUAAUGAUAAUGUAUUCUGCAAAUUUGUUUUAUAUUCACCAAUCGACUUGCUUUGCGUAUUUAUAAAGUAUAUUUUUCUCGUCAACUCUUGAAGUGGAAUAAAGUAGAAUAAUUAUGUUAGUCAUCCAAGCACGUAUAAAAUAUAUAUAUUGCCAAGCAA